CUGCCUGCUGCUGCUGCUUAAACCACAGCUCCUCUCCCAGACUGGGUGCCAGAAGGCUGGGCUCAAGUGGCUGCAAUCACUGUGGGGUGUCUAGCUUCUCAUCAGGGUGACCUGGAGACCAGGAUGGCUACUUCCAAGAGUCUACUGUUGUUGUUGCUUUUGGGCCAGCCCUGGAUGGGAGCUGAAGCUGUCUCUGAGGCUGUGGUGUGCGUGGGGACUGCCUGCUACACAGCCCACUGGAGCAAACUGAGUGCCGCUGAGGCCCAGCAUCACUGCAAAGAGAACGGAGGUAACCUGGCCACAGUGAAGAGCGAGGAGGAGGCCAGACAUGUCCAGCAAGCCCUGGCCCAGCUGCUGAGGUCCAAGGCACCCCUGGGAGCAAGGAUGGGCAAGUUUUGGAUCGGACUCCAGCGAGAAAAGGGCAAGUGUAUGGACCAUGACCUGCCACUGAAGGGCUUCAGCUGGGUGGGUGGGGGUGAGGAUACCUCUUAUAAAAAUUGGCACAGGGACGUCAGGACCUCCUGCAUCUCCAAGCGUUGUGUGUCCUUACUGCUGGACCUGUCUUUAACACCCCAUCCCAGCCAUCUCCCCAAGUGGUCGGACAGCCCCUGCGGGACUCUUCAGAAUCCAGGAAUCAAUGUUGAGGGAUUCGUGUGCAAGUUCAGCUUCAAAGGCAUGUGCCGGCCUCUGGCCCUGGGGGGUCCAGGCCAGGUGAACUAUACCACCCCUUUUCAAGCCACCACCUCUUUCCUGGAGGCUGUGCCCUUCGCCUCGGCAGCCAGUGUGGUCUGUGGGGACGAGACUGAGGGUAAGAACCAUUAUUUUCUGUGCAAAGAAAAGGUCCCCAAUGUGUUCAGCUGGGACAGCUCUGGUCCCCUCUGUGUAAGCCCCAAGUUCGGCUGCAACUUUAACAAUGGGGGCUGCCAACAGGACUGCUUUGAAGGUGGGGAAGGCUCCUACCUCUGUGGCUGCCGGCCUGGAUUCCGGCUGCUGGAUGACCUGGUGUCCUGUGCCUCUCGGAAUCCUUGCAGCUCCAACCCAUGUCCCGAGGAGGCCACAUGUGUCUCUGGACCCCAGGGGAAAAAUUAUACAUGCCAUUGCCCUCCUGGUUACCAGCUGGACUCAAGUCAGCUUGGCUGUGUGGAUGUGGAUGAAUGUCAAGACUCCCCCUGUGCCCAGGAUUGUGUCAACACCCCCGGAGGCUUCCACUGUGAGUGCUGGGUGGGCUACAAACCUGGAGGCCCAGAAGAGGACACCUGUAGGGAUGUGGAUGAGUGCGCCUUUGACCAGUCACCCUGUGCCCAGGGCUGCAUCAAUACCGAUGGCUCCUUCCACUGCUCCUGCAAUGAGGGUUAUGUCUUAUCUGAAGAGGAUGGUACCCAAUGCAAGGAUGUGGAUGAGUGUUCGGACCCCAAGGGCAACCCGUGUGACACUGAGUGCUUUAACACACCAGGGUCCUUCCACUGUGGCUGCCAGCAGGGCGAGGAGUUGACCUCCAAUGGGGUCUUUUGCAUCACACUCUCUGUGUCCUCAGGAUCACCAAAGCCUCCUCCAGAAGAGGACAAGGGAGAUGCACAAGAGAGCACUGUGCCUCCUUCCAAAACACCCAGUUCUACCAGCGCCUCUGAGGACAUCUCUAAGGGAGACCCUGAGGAUAUCACCACAAGGAGACUCUCCCUCUCCUCCAGUGUCCCCUCCACCUCUGCUCCGCCUGAGAUGUCAGCUUCUAGUGGGUCCCCCCAAAUCUGGACAGAGAUGGGUGUCCAUUUGCCUACAACCACCUCCCAUGACAAGCCAACAGGAGAGAACUCCCUGGUAGGCAAGGAUUCUGUGGCCACACAAAGCGACCAUGGCACAGAUGGACAAAAACUCCUUCUGUUCUACAUCCUGGGCACCGUGGUGGCCAUUUCACUCUUGCUGGCUCUGGCUCUAGGGCUUUUGAUUUACCGCAAAAGAAGAGCCAAGAGGGAGGAAAUCAAAGAGAAGAAGCCCCAGAAUGCAGCUGAUAGCUAUUCCUGGGUCCCAGAGCGAGCAGAGAGCAGGGCCUUGGAGAAUCAGUACAGUCCAACACCAGGGACAGACUGCUGAAGGUGACGUGGCCCCAGCAAUGCGGUCAGACAGCUGCCAUCUUAAGAACUUUAGAUUUCCUGACUCAAAGGAAGACCUCCAUCUUUCCACCAGACUGGACUGGAAACUUGACCAACAGUUGUACACAUCUCCCCUUAAAACUAUGGUGGCUUGGGAUGAGCAGCUAUUUCCCCAGUAUGUAUGGUAUUCUUGACAUACACACACAUAUACACACAUACACAUACACCUGUGUGUAUGUGUGUAUGUGUGUUGGCCUGUCAUUAUCUGUUGUGACUAUCAAUGGUUUUCACUCAAAUGUUCCUUUUCAAAUUUAAAUGUGACUGAUUUUAUUUUCUCCUCUUGGUUCUGGAUCAGGGCAGGAGUAGUCAGGUGCUAACCGGCUCCCUUUGAAGGACUCUUUGAUCUUUCUAUGUGAUAGAAAUGAAGAACAUUGAUUAACUUCUUUUUUGGCCUAAGGAAACCUAUACAGCACUGGAAACAAUUCUCUGCAUUUGCAAUUAUUUAUCUCCCUACCCCUGCCCCAUCAUUCCUCCUGAGAAUUGUUGAAAUCCUUUGAAAAUGAGAGAAAGUACAAUUAACUGCCCAGGUAGCAAGCAGGCAGGAAGUUUAGAUAUCACACCCCAUUGUUAUUAAGUUCCUAAUAGUCUUGGGUUUACUUGCAAGUGAAGUUGAAAAAAUAUGAAAAAAAGUGUCUUGAAUCAAGUGAAAGGCUUUGGUAAAAACAAGUAUACAGGGCUAGAGAGAAAGAUGCUGGCGAUUUGUUUCAUGAAAUACUUGAGUUAAUUUAUCUAAAUUAAUUUAGCUAAAUUCACUUGCUUAUGGAUAAGAUCAACAAUUAAAAAAAAUUAUGGGUAGCUUGUCUUGGAGCCAGCACCGGCCUCCGGUCACCCCCAUAGGCUGCCCUGUCUUGAGUUUUCUGGCCAGAAUUUCCGUGUUUCAAUUGUAGAUGGAGAAAUUUCACAGUGAUUGUACCUAAAGGAUGUGUGAGUGAGCUGAUAGACUGUGUUUUGAAAAUGGUCACUUUUAAAGUAUGUUAGCACAGUUCAGAGUUCAGGGUCAAGAGUGCAUGUGGAGGAUUUGAGCCCUGAUUUACAGAUGUGGCUGAAAACCAAGUUGCAUAGGAUGCUGAGGGGAAACUGUGUUUCUGUCCCUUUCUCUCUCUCAGAAAAAAAAAAGAAAAAAAGGAAGAGAAAAGGGAAGGAGAAGGAGAAGAGACAAUAACUAAAAUCUAUUAUAGCAGUGAAAACUGCUUAAAACCAUCUUAAUCUGUCUCAUGUCAAAGUAUAUAUUUGCAGGUCUCCCCUGACCCUGCUGUGGACAAGCAGCUCUGGUGUGUCCCCCAGCGUGGCUGGGAGGUUAACCUUCCCAGGAUUCCGAAGCCUUUGGUUUCUGGGAACAAAGGUAUUGUAUCCUCCCAGAGGGUGAGACACCCUGGUUGGGAGAUGAAAAACUGCCAGGUGUAGGACAUGUGGAGUUAAGUAAAUUUCCCUUUGUCACCUUUAAAAUGUAGGUGCUAUAGCUCAGAUGUGAUUGUCUCUGGCUAGAUUUUAAGAUUAAUGGAAACCCCAAGGUGGAGGGGUAAGAGGACAUCAGAGCUUUGAGCUUUUGAGAGGGAUUUGCUCUGUGUGUGUGUGUGUGUGUGUGUGUGUGUGUGUGUGUGUU